AUGCUGUACUGGGCGAUUUCUGUGUUUCUCGCCCUGCUGGCGUGGGUCUACGGUACCGAGGAUAUUGCGUGGCCGGGCUAUGACUGUUCGAGAUUGGUGAGGGUUUCGUUUUGAAAAUCAAGAGGAAGUAGAAAAUGUUGAAAAACGUAAUCGGAGAUCCUUGGACGCAUAGGGAAUGGCUCAAUGAGUAACGGCUGCGAAGCGGUUUUAUGAAAAUGCUGCCCGACCGGGAUGCGGCUUACGCGUAGCGGCGUUGCCUGAAAAACGGAAAGUUCAACUUUCUACUCAACCGGAACGCGUUAAACCCGUUUUGAAUGAGAUGAUUUCAAGUUUCGAUUAAAAGAUAAAAGACAUUUAUCCGUCAAAGAUACAAUGCUAAACCAAAGUGCUAGCUCAUUUUCGAAAGAUGUUUAUAGAACCUAAUUAAAUUCAGCCAGCACCAAUUCAAGGCUAUCACCCGGACAUGACGGCCCGCUGGGUAAAUUUGAAGCGGAACCUUCAAGUUGGAGACUCCAUUAUUGUUCGCGGCAGACUUGGGCCAGGGGUACUGCCUCGAAAGUAAGACUUUAUUGAUCAUAUCUCGAGUUUUAAAUGACACGUAUAGUCUGUGUGCCACGACUUGAAAUUUCACCGAACGACAUUCCGCUGUUCCGUUGCGUCGCCAAGCGGAACAGCGGAAUGUUGUUCGGUGAAAUUCCAAGUCGUGGUUCACAGACUAUACAGUCUGUUCAUAUUUUGAGUGUCAGUUCGUCGGUCAUGUUCCGCCCCCUAAUGACGGGAUAAACCAAUCAAAGAGGGUAUCAUCCACAGAGCGUCUUCGAAUGACGUAGUUGUACUUGGUGAUCAAAUCUGAACAAACUAUCAGUUAGGCCCCUCAAGCUGAUAACGAAUAAAGGCCGAAAUUGAAAGCAUUAUAGUCAAUCCAUCCCGACUAGAAAGGCGAGAGGCGUAGCGUGUACGUACGCGGGUUCUGGCCCGAGUUCAGUGCAAGCGCCAGCGGCCCGAGUUCAGUGCAAGCGCCAGCGAUUUCAAAAUCUCGGUCACCGCUCUUUUUUUUAUCAAUUCUGCUAUUUUUAAGCGCAAAAAUAAAAAUAAUCGAUUCAGAAGAGAAAAUGAAAAGAGCGAUAAAUGAGCGCUCUAAAUAGUCGUUGGCGGUUGAAUUGAACUCGUGCCAAGAACCCGUCCACUUCUCUGCCUCCCUCGCCUUUCCCAGUCGCCAAAAAUAUACCAGCUUUCCUAUGUUCUGAACCAUCAAUCGUUCACUCAGGUUUCACAUCGAAGGACGAUAUUUUUCUUGGAAAACUUAGUAGGGCACAAGUGAAAUUAUAGGAGGUGGUUCUUCGACCUUCCCGUCGGAGAUUCUCGAGUCUACCUUCAAGCGCAGAGCACGUUCCACUUCAGUUGUCAGUACGACAUCGGCCUCCUGUACUUCGGCCGAUGGGAUGUAACUUAAUUUCAAAUUUUACUUUUGAAUCAAAUUGAAAAAGAAAAAUUAUUAGGGCGGUAACUGGGUCGAUUGGUUCGUGGCUCCCAAUCCUUUCAAUGCCGGACCCUUCAACUUCCGAGUCGAGUAGGUCCCAACACAAUUGAAUGACGAGUUUUGGAUAAAGUGUGCAAAGCGAUGGAUAUUCGGUGAGCAAAGACGGCGUUUUCUUGGGAAAAUACAAGAGCAACACUUACUCGAGCGUUAACAGCGUCUAUGUGGAGAACUUCAUUUUCGAAGAUGACAAGUUUUUCUCAAGUAGCUCAUUGGAUGGAUCGGAAAAUGAAUGAUUAAGCUGCUGCGACCAAGAGCCUGUGUGUGACAAUCUUCAAGGCAACCAACUGAGUGUCAUCAUCGCCGAUUCCCGCGUCCAGCAAAUUCGUUUGUUUUUUUUUUUUUGAUUUCUUCACAAAGUUACUUUGAAUUAAGUUCGACCAUAUUGAGAAGGAAAAAUAGUUUUAUUUCAGGAGGAAGCUGCCCUUCCGCUAACACCUGGUAG